UCGGAAUAGGAAAGUACGAGGCUGCCUUGAAAGCAGCACCAGCCGACGUAGUACUCCCCUUCAGCUCCAGGAGCCACACCAGGAACAGUGGGCCAGCCUCAAUGGGACCAGAGCUCUUCCGGAGGCGGAUUAUCCCAGUCUCUACGCAAAGUCCUAAUGUACUCAGGAAGGCAUUGCCAUCACUCGUCUCAAGGGAACACGUUUUGGAAACAAAUUGGCGAACCUCAGACUGUUUCAUCACCUGCGACGCAGUUAAAUUCAACAUCAUCAUCCGUCAUCAGCCAAGGUAACCUGAGAGAUAAUGUCACAGAUGAGGCCGUGGGAUCCCGGAUUUCAUCUCUGAUGACGCACCUUCCAACUCUGAAAACCGCUGUUAUUUGCGUGUGCGUUUUAACAGCUGCUGUCAUUACAAGCCUGGUCAUCAAAGUGGUCAGGUCUGGGAGACGAAUCAGAAAAACACGAAAAUACGAUAUAAUGACAACACCAGCAGAGCGUGUGGAGAUGACCCCUCUCAAUGAGGAGAAUGAUGAUGAGGAAGACUCAACCCUCUUUGAUGUGAAAUACAGGUGAAUCCUAGUGUGGACAUCAGUAUUUGGUAACACCUGUUUUGCUGGGACAACUGAAGUGAUUUCCUAACAUUUUUGUGCUGCCAAGUCUUACCGAAUCAGCAGCUUCAUAUACUACAUGUGCAUGGCUUUGUGCACGAGUAUCAUUACUUGCUGCUUUACUAAUGCUUCUGUCAUGUCAUGCAGUGUUUUCUAAUAUUAAAGAUCAGGAUGCUUCAUAUUGUGACUCCUCCUCCAAAGUAUUUGAACAAUGAAAUUGUUGGCUGCCUAGAAGCUCAGUCAUCUCCAUAACAGUUCAUGGAAAGUCUAUUUCAUUUCUACAUUGACUGACAGUUACUGUCAUUUACUAGAGAUGGGAAUUGUACACACCAUAUCGUGCAUCAGAUUGUAUUGAGGCAAAGUCAUAUUGUCCAGUCUCUAUCAUGUCAUUUCAUUUUCCCACAGUGUCUUAGGCUAAAGUGUUUGUAGUGGGAGCCACAAUGAGCCACCCGUAUAAUAAUGUAGGGUUAGUAAUAUCUGUGAUUAAAAUUUUUAAAUAAAUACUUGGUGGCCUCUCAAAAUGAUCAGUUAAUGCACAGACAUGAUUCAAGUAUUGUGCAGAGAAUACUUUACUCAAAUGUAACAUUUACACAUGACAAAGAAUCUAUUGAUAAUCAGAGCAGUUGAUAUUUCUUUUAAACUAAACUUUAAUGCCAAAUAUAUCUCUAUCUACUAACCACCUUACUGUGCAUAUAUACUGUCGAAAACUUUCUUUCAUUAUGUAUGGAUUAGGCUAAUCUUUGUUUUACUGUUUUAUUUGAGAUGUUCCUAUUUUGCUGCUAUCUGAGCUACAGUUUUAUAUCUUUUCAAAUUUGAUUUAGAUUUCAAAGAAUAAUGUCAGGAUAUAUUUGCAAGAUAUUUAUAGAAUACAUCCACUUGCUGUGAAUGUGAAUGCUGUAAUAUGUUAUCAAAUGUGUUAAUUAUUCAAUAAUUUCAUUUAAGUAAUCACCAACCACUGCUGCUAUGUGCCAGGAAAUUGAGGUUUCACUAAAUUCUGACAAAAAAAUUAAGCUAUUUUCCCUUUAGAUAUUAAUUCACUCUUACAAAUAAUUACUACUUUGUACAUAAUAAUUAACCAGAAUUAUUGCAGGGUACACCUGGGUUAGCCUUCUGCAGUAAUGUGAGUGUGGGUGUUGUAUGCGAGUUGUUCAAAACAUUAACAGUGCAUCCUGUACAUUAACGGUCACCAUUUACUACAGAAGUGCAGGAGUGACAAGGUUCAUCUACUGAAUCACAUGAAUCAAAACGUUCAUCCAUGUUUUUGACAGAAUGUUCUUUACCAUGUCUUUAAUAGAUUUUUGGCUAGGUCAUGUGUUUUUUCAUCAGACUAUCAGAUUCCUCUUCAUUUAAAUAUUGUGUCAUGUUUAAUUUUAGUCUUUCACUGUAUGUGCACAAAAAUGCAGAUUCAUUUUUGUGUCUCUGCUAAAUUUGUCUCCUGCAAGUAGUUAUUCUCUUCCAUCUUGGGAUCUUUUAUUUUAUCUUAAGUUGUGUGUGUGUGUGUGUGUGUGUGUGUGUGCAUGUGAAAUUGUGGGAAAAAAAACUCUGGCUCAUCACAAGAUGCUAAUUCUGGACUUUUAUUGGAAGUGAAUCAUCUACUACAGAAAGUUCCUCUUGUAAAGUGAAUCAAAGUCAUUGUGGAGCUGUUUGAACACUGUAGGUAAUUUCCCAUAUUUAAACCAAAAAAAGUGAACUGUUCAAGCCGUUUUGGAAGUUUAGUGAAAACAAUCCCCUGGGUUUCUGUUACAAAGAUGAUGUAUGCAUCCACAACUGUUUCCUCAGUUUCCAUUUCUGUGAAACACUACUGAAAUAAAACCGCUUCCUUUGAAGUGUGCAAUCAUUUUAA